CCUCUUUUGCUGCGUUACGUACUCUUCCAUUUCCCUACUUUCCUGCCCCGCCAAAUAUGCACCACCACUUAGAGCCCAGCAUGCUCCAAUGACGCCUGCACUUUCCCGCCGAUAGUGGAACAAAACCCACCAUCCCACCUCACCAAACCACCUGCUAGCUCCUCCGAACUUUCCCUGGGCUCCCGUACAACCGCACAUUCCCAAAAACACACAUAAACACCCCUCCUUCCCCUCUUCCGCUCUUCUUUCUCCUGUCUUCACCCACAAACACUUCUUCGAUAUAACCCAAAGCUUCAAAACUUCCAAACAUUCUGAUACACUUCAACCCUUACCUCAAAAACACCCAAUACCCGUCUUAAACCUGUUCUAGAUCGUCGCUCCUGAGUGUCGAUCUUCCUCAAGUCUUCAAGACGUUUUCUAAUCUCCUUAACUCUAUCCACCACCCGUUUGCUGGAGGCCGCAAGAGUGCUCCUGGUAGUUCAUCGGAUUUACCACACGUCAAAUAAUUAAUCCAAUACAACCAAGAACAACCAAACUCAAACCUCCACAUAUUUUAGUAGCUUACUACUUUUAACAUACUAAAAUAUGGCACCACACGCUGACAAUGGCACUGGUGUUGCAAACGGGAACGGUGCUUCCCCCGUCAAGGACCUUUUCACGGUCAACAGCCCAAACGUCGUGUACACCGACGAGACUAUCAAGUCUAAGUACACGUACUGCACCACCUCUGUCUCUAAGGAUGAGGCUGGCAAGUACGUUGCUACCCCCAAGGAGACCGUCUACGACUUCAAGGUCGAGCGUGCCAUCCCCAAGACCGGUAUGAUGCUGGUCGGUCUCGGUGGUAACAACGGUUCCACCGUCACCGCUGGUAUCAUUGCCAACCGCCGCAACCUCACCUGGCCCACACGUGAGGGAAACCGUACUGCCAACUACUACGGUUCCGUCACCAUGGCCUCCACCAUGAAGCUCGGUACGGAUGCAAAGACCGCCAAGGAUGUCAACAUCCCCUUCCAUGACGUUCUCCCCAUGGUCCACCCCAACGACCUUGUCGUCGGCGGAUGGGAUAUCAGCUCCAUGAACCUGGCUGAUGCCAUGGACCGUGCUGCUGUCCUUGAGCCCACCCUCAAGGCCAUGGUCAGCAAGGAGAUGGCUGCCAUGACCCCGCUCCCAUCCAUCUACUACCCGGAUUUCAUUGCCGCCAACCAGGAGGACCGUGCCGAUAACCUCAUUGCCGGCUCCAAGGCCUGCAACGAGCACGUCGAGAAGAUCCGCAAGGACAUUGCCGACUUCAAGGCCGCCAACAACCUUGACAAGGUCAUUGUCAUGUGGACUGCCAACACUGAGCGCUUUGCUGAGCUCAUUCCUGGCAUCAACGACACUGCCGACAACCUGUUGAAGGCCAUCGCUGACGGACACGAGGAGGUUGCUCCUUCCACCGUCUUCGCUGUUGCCUGUAUCCUCGACAACGUGCCAUUCAUCAACGGCUCCCCCCAGAACACCUUCGUUCCGGGUGCCAUUGACCUUGCCGAGAGACACGGUGCGUUCAUCGGCGGUGACGACUUCAAGUCCGGGCAGACCAAGAUGAAGUCCGCCCUCGUCGAUUUCCUGAUCAGCGCCGGUAUCAAGCUCACCUCCAUCGCCUCGUACAACCAUCUUGGUAACAACGACGGCAAGAACCUGAGCUCCCAGCGCCAGUUCCGCUCCAAGGAGAUCUCCAAGUCCAACGUCGUCGACGACAUGGUCGAGGCCAACCACAUCCUGUACAAGGAGGGUGAGCACCCCGACCACACCGUCGUGAUCAAGUACAUGCCCGCUGUUGGUGACAACAAGCGUGCCCUCGACGAGUACUACGCCGAGAUCUUCAUGGGCGGCCACCAGACCAUCUCCCUCUUCAACGUGUGCGAGGACUCCCUCCUCGCCUCCCCGCUCAUCAUCGAUCUCGUACUCAUCGCCGAGCUCAUGACCCGUGUCUCCUGGAAGGCUGAGGGUGGCGAGUACAAGGGUUUCCACUCUGUUCUCAGCAUCCUGUCCUACAUGCUCAAGGCCCCGCUUGUGCCCAACGGAACCCCAGUUGUCAACGCCCUCGCUAAGCAGCGUGGUGCCUUGACCAACAUCUUCCGUGCCUGCGUCGGUCUCCAGCCCGAGUCUGACAUGACUCUUGAGCACAAGCUUUUCUAAGCUUGUUGUCCUGUCUUGACAAUACGAGGUUGAUAUGCACAGCACCUGAGAAGGGAUUUUUAAUUCUGGGACCCCCUCUUUCUCCGCUUUUUGAUGGACUGGAUGGGUAGGCUUGAAAGGGCUUGCUUGUCCUUUUUGUCAUGGGUGGUGAUAGGGGAGUCGGUAUGGAGAUAUGUUAUAGCGAUGCCAUGAGCCUGCUGUUCAGCAACGGUGUCUGGUGGUAGUUGCAGCCGCUCGUUUGUAGGUCCCUUUAGUAGGGGCUGAAAAUUGAAGGUUGUGCGUUUGCAAAAC